GAGCGAGACUCAGAGGCUCCGAAUUCGCCCGCGGAGUCGCCGCGCCAGAUCCCAGCGGCCGGGCGCGGGCACCAGGGCGGCGGGCGCAGGGCUCGGAGCCACCUCGCAGGUCCCAGGGCCGCGGCCGGGCCCCGCCACGCGCGCACACGCCCCCCCGAUGACUUUCCUCCCGGCCGCGCGGCGCUGAGUCCGAGGCGAGGGCUGCCUUUCCCGGAGACCCGACCCCGGCGGUUCGGGGCGCCCGCUCCUCCCGCGCCUCCGCCCGCCGCCCCGCUCCCCGCCGCCGCCGCCGCGCGGAUGCCAAGCACCAGUUUUCCAGUCCCUUCCAAGUUUCCACUCGGCCCUGCGGCUGCGGUCUUCGGGAGCGGAGAAACUUUGGGGCCUGCGCCGCGCACCAUGAAGUCGGCGGAGGAAGAACACUAUGGCUACGCGCCCUCCAGCGUCGGCCCUGCCCUGCGGCUGCCCACAACGCACUCCUCCCUGCCGGCCCCGUGCCACGACCUUCAGACCUCCACCCCGGGCCUCGUCCUGCCGGCGGAGCACCCCGCAGGGUACGGGGCGGCUCUGGACGGCGGGCCCGGGGGCUACUUCCUGUCGUCCGGCCACGUCAGGCCGAACGGGGCCCCCGCCCUGGAGAGCCCACGCAUCGAGAUCACCUCGUACCUGGGUCUGCACCAGAGCAACAGCCAGUUUCUCCACGACGCGGAGGUGGAAGACGCCCUCCCCGGCGCCAAGCGCCCCGCGCCCACGGCCACGCUGAGCCUGCCCGGCCUGGAGGCCUACAGGGACCCCUCGUGCCUGAGCCCGGCCAGCAGCCUGUCCUCCCGCAGCUGCAACUCCGAGGCCUCCUCCUACGAGUCCAACUACUCCUACCCGUACGCGUCGCCCCAGACGUCGCCGUGGCAGUCCCCCUGCGUGUCCCCCAAGACCACGGAGGCCGAGGAGGGCUUCCCCCGCGGGCUGGGCGCCUGCAUGCUGCUGGGCUCCCCGCGGCACUCGCCCUCCACCUCCCCGCGCGCCAGCGUCACCGAGGAGAGCUGGCUGGGCGCCCGCUCCUCCGGGCCCGCGUCGCCGGGCAACAAGCGCAAGUACAGCCUCCACGGCCGCCCGCCGCCCCGCUCGCCCCGCCGCUCGCCCACGCCGUCCCCGCACGGCUCCCCGCGGGUCAGCGUGACCGACGACUCGUGGCUGGGCAACAGCACGCAGUACACCAGCUCGGCCAUCGUGGCCGCCAUCAACGCGCUGACCACGGACGGCAGCCUGGACCUGGGCGACGGCGUCCCCCUCAAGGCCCGCAAGACCGCCCUGGAGCAGCCGCCCUCGGUGGCACUCAAGGUGGAGCCCGCCGGGGAAGAGCUGGGCAGCCCCCCGCCCCCGACCGACUUCGCGCCCGAAGACUUCUCUUUCCAGCACGUCAGGAAGGGCGGCUUCUGCGACCAGUACCUGGCGGUGCCGCAGCACCCGUACCAGUGGGCAAAGCCCAGGCCCCUGUCCCCCACGCCCUACAUGAGCCCGACCCUGCCUGCCCUAGACUGGCAGCUGCCGUCACACUCCGGCCCGUACGAGCUCCGGAUCGAGGUGCAGCCCAAGUCCCACCACCGCGCCCACUACGAGACGGAGGGCAGCCGCGGGGCCGUGAAGGCGUCGGCCGGAGGACACCCCGUCGUGCAGCUCCACGGCUACUUGGAGAACGAGCCUCUGAUGCUGCAGCUGUUCAUCGGGACGGCGGAUGACCGCCUGCUGCGCCCGCACGCCUUCUACCAGGUGCACCGGAUCACGGGGAAGACCGUGUCCACCACCAGCCACGAGGCCAUCCUCUCCAACACCAAAGUCCUGGAGAUCCCGCUCCUGCCGGAGAACAACAUGCGUGCUGUCAUCGACUGUGCCGGAAUCCUGAAGCUCAGAAACUCGGACAUUGAACUCCGGAAGGGCGAGACCGACAUCGGCAGGAAGAACACGCGCGUGCGGCUGGUCUUCCGCGUGCACGUCCCGCAGCCGGGGGGCCGCACGCUGUCCCUGCAGGUGGCCUCCAACCCCAUCGAAUGCUCCCAGCGCUCGGCCCAGGAGCUGCCUCUGGUUGAGAAGCAGAGCACGGACAGCUACCCAGUUGUGGGCGGGAAGAAGAUGGUCCUGUCCGGCCACAACUUCCUGCAGGAUUCCAAGGUCAUCUUCGUGGAGAAAGCCCCAGAUGGCCACCACGUCUGGGAGAUGGAAGCGAAAACUGACCGUGACCUGUACAAGCCGAAUUCUCUGGUCGUCGAGAUCCCGCCGUUUCGGAAUCAGAGGAUAACCAGCCCCGUUCACGUCAGUUUCUAUGUCUGCAACGGGAAGAGAAAGCGAAGCCAGUACCAACGCUUCACCUACCUUCCUGCCAACGUUCCAAUUAUAAAAACAGAACCCACUGACGAUUUUGAGCCUGCUCCAACCUGUGGACCGGUGAGCCAGGGGUUAAGUCCGCUCCCGAGACCGUACUUCAGCCAGCCGCUGACCACGCUGCCCGACCCCAGCUCCUGCCUCGUGGCCGGCGUCCCGGCCUGUCCGCGGAGAGGCGCCCUGAUGCCAGCAGCCCCCGGCACGAGCCCCAAGCUCCAGGACUUUUCUCCCACUGCGUACUCCAAGGCCAUCACCAGCUCGGGCCACUGUCACCUGGGGCUUCCGCCGCCGGCCGGAGAGGCCCCCACCAUCACCCCCACCGUCCAGGACGUGCCCAGGCCAGCGGCCGCGCACCCCGGCUCUCCCGGACAGGCGCCCCCGGCCCUGCUUCCGCAGCAGGUGAGUGCGCCUCCGAGCGGUAGCCACCCCCCUGGGCUCGAACACUCACUCUGCCCCAGCAGCCCCUCUCCUCCACUCCCGCCCGCCGCCCAAGAGCCGACCUACCUGCAGCCCUGCAGCCCAGCGUGCCCACCUGCCACGGGCCGCCUACAGCACCCGCCGCCCACGGUCCGCAGGGACGAGUCUCCAACCGCCCGGCCCCGGCUGCUGCCAGAGGCCCGUGAGGACGGUAGUCCUAAUUUGGCCCCUAUUCCUGUAACGGUCAAGCGAGAGCCAGAAGAAUUGGACCAGUUGUACCUGGACGACGUAAAUGAAAUAAUACGAAAUGACCUCUCCAGCACGAGCACCCACUCAUAGUUGCCACCUGGGAGCACUCAGUUCAGCGGGGUGUGCCGACUUCAGCAGACAAAGACUUGUGAAUAAAUACACUGAACACACACCUGGUACCACUCAGAGCCUCCAACUGACUGAAUGCUAGGAGCUGAAGAUGAAUACGUUCAAAGAAGUGGAUCUCCAGCAAGGAGGAAGGCCGCAAGGAAGGGAAGCCACCAUCUCAGGACAGCAGAGGGAGGUGGCUGGGCUGACACAGGAGACCCGCCACACAGGGCCGUCACGGGAACAGCCCACAGGCAGCCUGACCCCAAGCCCAGCCCUCUGACACCCUGGGGUUCAAUACUGGAAGUGCCUUAUUUAACCAGAGCAUCAGGGCAUCAUGGAACUGAGCGUUGAAUUUGCUACUGUGGGAGCAUCUGUGGGAGCAGAGGCUGUAAACACAGUUCACGUGAGGCUUUAUCCUUUGUGCAAAUGAAGACAGUGCUGGCGCUUCGAGAGGGCCUCACCCGAGUCUCCGACGUAGGGAACGUUUCUGGGGCCGUGAAGUACAAUCUUGCUGGCUCAUCCAGUGCGUUCUGGAAUCUUCCAGUCUGUCAUCUCAGCUCUUGGGUCUUGCGCUUCCCUCGCGGCGCCGUUAAGCCGCUUCCCGUUCCCGGUCGCAUGCUGGCAUCUUCGUUUUUAACCUGGCUUUGAACAUAGCACAAGUAAGUUGAAUAGCACAACGUGGGUUACUGGACAGAAACAGAAACCUGUGGCGGGACGGGCCUGCGUCUGCAUGUAUGUACAUAUCUCGGCAUGUGCUUACGUGUGAAUGAACGGCGGAGGUGACGCGCCUCUCCCGGCCGGCGCUCCCGCGUCAGCAGUCACCGGCGUCCGCUGGGGAACGCGCGUCUGCGCCUCCAGGACCCCGCUGCUCCUGCUGGAGUCCAGGCCGUCGCCUCUAGCAGAUGGCGGCGUUUUCUCCUCUGGUGCGUUCAGGGAGGACUUCAGAGAGCCGGGAGCUGGCACUCACAACAGCUGUCGGUUACCAGGCGGCAGAAUUAGAGACUGAUUGUAAAUAACAUGCAAAGGGAGUGCAAUGUAUUUGUUCAGUUAUAAGGUCAUUGUUGCACAGAAGCCUUACACUCUGCUUCGUCUAAGAAAACCGAUACCAACAGCGACUUCAACACGCUGCGUGCGUAGCGUUUCCAGGCUAGGGACUGUUCACAGAUGGGUUCGUGUAGGCUCUGCUACUGCAUUUUGUACAAUUAGCUGCUUAUUAUGUAUGAUGACUCGCCGUGAUCUCUUGUUCCAUAUAACCAAAAAGCAUGGUUUCUUCUUUACAACACGGUUGGCCUGAACUGGUGCCUUAGGAAUUAAUGCCCCCUCAUGGAAAGUGCCCGAAUUGCACCUGCGGCUGGAGGUGCCAGCUGGGAAGUCACUGAGGCUCCUGCAGAAGGAGCGUCUGUAGCACACGCUCAGCACGACUGCUGCUCCUGUGUGUAACUCGCGGGAAGAAACAGCCUGCAGGCCCUCCCGUGGGGCUGCACGGAGCUGUGAGGACGUUCGCCCACAGCCGCGGCCCCCCGUUCGCCCGCAGCCGGGUGCCCGCCCUGCCCCUGGCGCCGUGGGACCUGCAUGGAGCCUUUCUCCUUGACGGACUGUCAUCGAGACGGAAGAGUUUGGUGUUUGUGUCAGCUGUCUUUGUAGUUAGGAAAUGGAUCCAAUAAAGCCAUAUUUUUUUUUUGCUGGA